AUGAUGAUAUUGUACAGAUUUGCACGUUUGAUCCAUACAUUUGAUCGAUACUGUACAAUGGAGGAAAGAUUCCUUUCUACAGAUAAUUUCUGCACCAGUGACCUGCAGCUUUUUGAUGUCUUAAGGUGGCAAACAUGCUGAGAACCAAUGCUGGAGGCUCUGCUGCUACUGCUGGACAAAGUGCGGGAUUGUUGCUCUUCCACCUGGAUGUCAUCUAGCAAAAAAGCAACAAUUUAAAAGAAACUGACACAACACUAAAGAAUAUUUCCUGUCUGUAAGUAAAUUAAGUUAAAAUUGAGAGAUGCUUCAUCUCCUCUUGUCAGUCAUGCUUUAAAGGCUCCCAGUCACAUCAUGGCCUCUAAAGACAUAAACUCAUCACCAACACAAACAAAAAGAAAUUGCAGGUUUGCUUUUUAGCGAAUGAAAAAACAAGAAACCAAAAACAUACAUGUGCAUCCACUGGAGGCUGCAGCAGGACGGCCCGUCUCUCCUCACACAGUACGUUCAAUCACAGACACUUCAAAGGCAGAGUGGUCAUAUGAUGACACAACAUCAAAGGGACCGAGUGUGUGAGUGAACCGAGCGGAGGGGGGCGUGCCAGGCAUAUACACGCGCUCUCGGGGUGAGACCGACGCCCCGCCGGGAGCAUCAGCCAACAGUAAUAACGAUUGGCCCGCGGGAGUGAGAGGCACGGGGGCAGGGAGAGAGGGGAGGAGGGGGAGGACUUCAAAUAAAUUCCCUCCUCGUCCGCAGCUCAUGAGGACCUGAGCCAAGAGGCAACAGGUCGCCAGUGAAGCUGCGCGCAACCAGACUUCACUGUUAUUUUUACGCGCGUAAAUGACGCUUUUUACUGGAUGAGCCGCUCCGCAUUUAAGGGAAUGAACUGGAACUUCACGUGGGGCGAAUUUGAAGUCAGCUCCCCACCUCUCAGAGCACCAUGGAGGUCCGCGAGCUGCGUUUAGUCCGCACACCUUGCGUGAGUGUCUCCGUGCGUUUUCAAAGAACUUUCCGCCUCCUCUCCGUCUGCUCCUAGGAUAUGCUGAGUUUUAUUCACACCUUCACGCACACACUCGAGAGACGUUUCCCACUAAGAGUUUAGAAAAUGCAGAGCCGCGGCGUGCUGAGAAGCUCGGCCGGACUGUCCGCGGUGCGCUCCUGCCUGCUGCUGCUCUUCAUCCACAUGAGCGCACCGCUGGAGGCGAGGAGAGUGCGCGGCGGUCGGGCGCAAACUCGGCGUGUUCAGCAGCAGCAGCCGCCGCCUUCUCCGGCGUACAGGGAGCGGGUGGAAGGAGCCGAGAGCUUCCCGUUGGACUUCACGGCCGUGGAGGGCAACAUGGACAACUUCAUGGUGCAGAUUAAGAACUUGGCGCAGUCGCUGUAUCCGUGCUCUGCGCAAAAGCUGGACCAAGACAUGAAGCUGCACUUUUUGAAGAAUGUGUCUGUGACGUGCAAUGACGGGUCACCUGCGGGGUACUACAUCAAGGAGUCCAAAGGCAGCAGGAGGUGGCUGCUGUUUUUGGAAGGUGGAUGGUACUGUUUCAACAGACAGACCUGUGACAGCAGAUACGAGACCAUGAGGAGACUGAUGAGCUCCACCAAGUGGCCACAAACCAGAACAGGAACAGGAAUUUUGUCUCCACAGCCGGAGGAAAACCCUCACUGGUGGAACGCCAACAUGGUGUUCAUCCCGUACUGCUCCAGUGACGUGUGGAGUGGAGUCACCCCGAAGACUGAUCACAGUGAUUAUGCGUUCAUGGGCUCUCUGAUCAUUAAGGAGGUGGUGAAUGAGCUGCUGUCAAAAGGUCUGGACAAAGCCAAGGUUGUGCUUCUGGCAGGCAGCAGCGCCGGCGGUACAGGCGUCCUCCUCAACGUGGACCAGGUCGCAGAGCAGCUGGCGUCCCAGGGCCACAGAGGGGUGCAGGUCAGAGGCCUCGCCGACUCUGGAUGGUUCCUGGACAACAAACAGUACAAAUUCACCGACUGCCUGGACACCAUCAGCUGCGCCCCGACAGAGGCCAUAAAGAGAGGGAUCAGGUACUGGGGCGGAUUGGUGCCAGAAAGCUGCAGACAGGCUCAUGUGGGAGAGGAGUGGAACUGUUUCUUUGGAUAUAAAGUCUUCCCCACAUUGAAAAGCCCGGUGUUCGUGGUGCAGUGGCUGUUUGAUGAAGCCCAGCUGACAGUCGACAACAUCCAUCUGACCGGGCAGCCCGUCCACGAGGGCCAGUGGAGAUACAUCCAGAACCUGGGCCAGGAGCUGAGGAACACACUACGUGACGUACCGGCCAUGUUUGUUCCAGCAUGUCUGUCUCAUGAACUCAUUACCAGAACGUACUGGAUGGACAUUCAGGUUAAAGGCACCUCUCUGCCCAGAGCGCUGCACUGCUGGGACCGCAGCCUCCAAGACAGCCUCCACUCCAGCAACAGCAGCAACAGCAGCAACAGCAGCCACAGCAGCAACAGCAGCCACAGCAGCCACAACCAUCAAAAGCACAACAAGACCGCUCCGGCCAGAGGCUGCCCCCUGCAGCUGAUCGACAGCUGCCCCUGGCCGCACUGCAACCCCUCCUGCCCGACCAUUCGAGACCAGCUGACGGGGCAAGAGAUGAGCGUCAUCCAGUUCCUGAAGCACAUGGGCUUCGACGUGCAGAAGAUGGCUCAGCAGCAGGGGAUGGAUGCCAAGAAGCUGCUGGGCAUGCUCAAUAACGGAAACUGAUUCUGAAAAAACUGCUGUCGUGGUGUCAUGAAGCCGUUCUGCACGAGAAGCCGAACACAAGGGGAAGAUGACAGAUGUAAAAACAAACUGCUAAGACACAGAGUCUUCCAUCAGCAACAUAAAAAUCUACUGAAAAACGACUCAAAAACUCAGAAGUGCCUCAUGAGUUCAGAAGACAGGUCAGAAACAAUCAAACCAGAAAGUUUGAGCUGUUUAAACACAAUAUAUGGAAUCACAUCAGAUCAGCAUAAGAUUUACAGAUAUGUUAUUAUUCUGAGAAGCUGGACGCAGUGUGAAAAUGUGCACCGAUCAGCCACAACAUUAAAAUCAACAGCUUAACAUUUUGUAGGUUCCCCCUGCCGCCGGAAAACGUCAUCCUCGGUCACUGUGGUGGAACAAACCAUAUGUUCGGGCUGUUGAACUGUCAGUAGGUCAAACUCAGCCUACAUGCAGCUGCACAGAUAUGAACCCUCGUGUUGUCCUUUAAAGUUUGAAAAUGUGGAGGAAAAAAUAUAUCUUCACAGCAAAACUUCUGAUGUCCACAUUGUCAACAUUUUUGGGAAGUUUUUGAACAUUUUUCGGUGGAAAUAAAGAAAUGUUAAGAACAUUCACCAAAAAGUUUUGGUUGAUUUUUUUUUUGGUGAAUGUUCUUAAAAAAAGAAAAUAUUAGAAGCUUUACUGAUAUAUUUGUAAACAUUUUAGAUAUUUUUAAGAUUUUUUGGAAGAUUUUUACUCAUUUUUUGAAAAUAUGUACAACAAUUUUUUUGCCACAUUUGGGGGAUUUUUUUAAAAUAAAACUUUUACGGGAAUUUUUUUCGGAAUUAUUGAAAUUUUCUUUCUAAAGGUUUUGCAAAUUUUCAGAAAAUUGGGGGAAUUUUUUUUUGCUGAAUUCUUGGAUUUUUCUCAGACAAGGAAACAUUUUUUUUCGGUGCCCGUAAAUGAGGACAACAGGAGGGUUAAGUUUAAACAGUUUACGACAACCAAAACUGACAAUUGACCGGUCCAAGAGCAAAAAUGGUUGUUAAAAUGUUCCAAAUAAGUGCAACGCCUGUUGCAGACAUGAUUGAGCUAGAAUGUAUCACAGUAACUAGUAACACUGAAGUCAUAUUACAUCGUCAUCUGCAAGUAGUAGCAGGUAGGUAAAGUCUUGGUAGGUCUAAUGACUGACAGUGCAGAUUUAUAAAGACUCCUCUGGGCUCCAUACUGCACACUGCUUCACAACAUCUAGGUACGACGAUGAAAAGUUUAAGAGUUCAAAGACAUUACAUUUCCUGCAUUUCUGACCAGUGAGUGGUUUGUUUUCACCAUGGUGACUGACUGAAGAUGUACACAAAAACCCAGAUGACCCUGUUUUCCAUAGCUCUGACCUGGUGGGGCUCCUCUGGGGGAGUCCUGCGGUGUUUGAUCCUCUGGGUCAUGCGGUUUGCAGGGUAGGACCUCUGAGGAUGGCUGUGGAUCUGGGAGUCUGGAGGCUGGGUCCUGCUGAGGGAGGCCUCUGCAACAGUGUUUAGAUUUCAAGGUUUUUUUUUAAACGAGGCUGUCACUCAGUGGUUUUAAUGUUGUGGCUGAUGGGUGUUUACAGUACCGUGUGCUCUAUAAAAUGUCUUGCAGGUGAGAUUAUCAUGAUAGUUGUCUAAAGUAGUCUUCAGAGUUUUGAUGGGAACGCACUGGACCGAGAAGCUUGUUGUGGGGAUUUGGUGCUCUCUUCUGUCAACUCUAAAAAUCACAUUCACAAAUCCAUGUAUGGUGCUGCUGUUUCUACCCUCCACCAAAUAUGCUGCUUUUUCUCUUUUUGGAAAUAUAAUAAUUUAAUGGGUAAUAUUUACUAAUAAAAAGAUUAAGAUUA